AUGGACCUGAGUACUCUGCUGGUGAGAGUCAGCUCCGGGAACCAUGAGGAGACGGCUGCAGCCCUGAAGGAGUACAAUGAGCAGAAUCGCUCUUUGUUUCAAUUUAACUCGGCUGAUGAGGACAAAAGAAAGAAACUGUGUCAAACAAUUUUUGAACUCUUGGAAAAGGGAACAACCACUUCUUGCCAGAUUGCCUGCUUGGAGGCUCUCCGAAUCCUCUCCCGGGAUAAAAAGGUUUUAGCGCCAGUGGUCACAAGGGAGAACACAAAGACCCUCAUGAAGCUGGCAAAACUGGACCCUGAACUGAAAAUUCUAGGUGACUCUGCAGACUAUCCAGUUAUUGUGGAAUCAUUGAAGUGCUUGUGCAAUAUUGUGUUUAACAGUCCUGAGGCUCAGAAGCUGAGUCUGGAAUUAAAUAUGGUUACUAGGCUCUGCCACCUCUUGGAGAUGUGCGAAGGUGGGCAGACAAUCAAUGACAUUCGCUGCUUUGAUCUGAAGGCUGCUCUUUCUCUUAACACUGCUGCAUACAAACAUCAGGUCUAAACUGAAAGAGGAACUGCAAGGGCUCCCACUGCUGACAAACACCCUGGAGAGCAUUUUGGGUAUUCACUGGGUUGGGGAGUACCGGGCUGCUGCAGAGGUUGGCUCGCAACCAUUCUCUAGGCAGGAGACAGACUGCAUCAUAGAGGCACUUAAGGCUCUCUUUAAUGUGACACUGGACAGCUGGAAUAUCCACAGUGAGAGUGAUGCUCACCAAUUUCGUCACCUGGUUGCACUUUUACGGCAUAUUUUACUGUCCCAGGGUCCUUCUGAGGAGAAGACAGAGGAACUGCACAGUAAUACAAUCAAUUUGUUGAGCAAUGUUCCUGUCUCCUGCCUGGAUGUUCUCAUCCCCCCAUCUGGACAAGAAAUGUCUGCAAACAACAAUGAGCCAGACAUGGAGGCAAUUCAGCUCAUUCUGAAUUUUAUGGAGAAGAGAAUAGAUAAGGGCGGCAGCUACAGAGAAGGUCUCACGCCAGUUCUUAGCCUACUUACAGAAUGUUGCAGGGUGCACAGAAGUAUCCGGAAAUACAUCAAAGCAAAGGUUCUUCCUCCACUGAGGGACGUAACCAACCGGCCUGAGGUUGGGACAACUGUAAGGAACAAAUUGGUACGGUUGAUGACCCAUGUGGAUUUAGGAGUGAAGCAGAUUGCAGCUGAAUUUCUGUUUGUUCUCUGUAAAGAAAGAGUGGACAACCUACUGAAGUAUACUGGUUAUGGAAAUGCAGCAGGGCUUCUUGCCGCUCGAGGUCUCCUGGCUGGUGGCAGAGGAGAUCGCUGGUAUUCUGAUGAUGAGGAUACUGAUACUGAAGAAUACCUCCAGGCAAAACCAAACAUAAAUCUAAUCACUGGUCAUGUAGAGGAACCAAUGCCGAAUCCAAUGGAUGAAAUGACAGAGGAGCAGAAGGAGUAUGAAGCUAUGAAACUGGUCAACAUGUUUGACAGACUGUCCAGGUAG